AUGACCCAGAGCGCCCAACCCUUCGCAGGGCAGCCAUCCCCAGAAUCCUUUUCAUUCGAGCCUCCGGACGGUCGCAUCGCGCACACAUUGACGGCCUGUACGAGGUGUCGACAGCGGAAAUCUAGAUGUGAUCCUGGAAUCCCCCGAUGCGCGCCCUGCGAACGAAGCAAUGCCAAAUGCGUGUACUAUGACUCGGCCCGCGACACCACCAUUCCUCGAACCUAUAUCGUGUCAUUACGGGAGAAAGCUCGCGCACUCGAGAAAGAGCUAGCCAAGGCCGAACGGGAAAUUCAGCACACGGCCGAUGCGGAGUUGAUGGUGCGGGGCGCUGGACGUAUCCGCUUCUCAGAUAAUGACGAACCCCGGUACCUAGGCGCCUCCAGUGGCAUUGCCAUGACGCGCCUUGUCAUGGAGAUUGCCAAGCAAAACACCGAUUCGAAGAGCAUCAAGGAUGUCGUCCCCGAGUUGACCGCCCAAGAAAUCAAGGCAGCCUUCGCUCAAGAGGACUCGAAACCCACCUCCAAAGUGUAUCCGAUGAUCAGCUCGAUUCCGUCGGACAGCUUACCACCGCGGAGCCUGGCAUACAAAUUGAUUGAUCUUUUUGUCGCAAAAGCCCAGGCAUUGCUCCCAACUUUACACGUACCCAGCUUUCGGCAAGAAGCCGAAGAGGUUUUCAAUGGAUCGACCGACCCCUGUCAUAACUUCCAACUGCGAAUGGUCAUGGCAAUCAGCAUGCAGAAGUUGAGCCCAGACUAUGCAGGCCUAGCCGACAGCUAUUACCUGGCUGCCUUGCCUUUUUUGGAACCGACGCUGAAACAGAUGGAUUUGCGGGCGCUGCAAUGUCUGGUCUUGAUUGCUCAGUAUUCAAUGUUGACCCCAACAAGGACGGCAUCGUUCUGGGUGGUUGGCACCGCCGUGAGAAUGUGCCAGGAGCUUGGGUUCUGUGAAGAAGCCACCAUUGCCCAAUCAUCCAACGGCCAGCCUCUCAGUCCAUUGGAGCUCGACAUGCGCAGACGGCUCUUUUGGAUUGUGUCAUCCAUGGAGUUUGGCCUAUCGCAUAGCUUGGGCCGGACCAGCGCCUUGAGCGUGACCCACGACAACGUGAAUGUGAAGUUCUUUGAGUUGGUGGAUGAUCGGUAUAUCACGGCCGAGGGAAUCAAUCCACACGCGAAACCCGUCCUUGGCAAGUGUAUUGCGAUUCACUUUUUAAAGAUGCGACUGCUCCAAUUGGAGGUGCGCAGGGCACUCUACCUGAACCGAUGCGAGACCCCAACCGAUGAUCAAGACCCCUGGUUCUCCCAGAUGCUGGCUAAGAUCGACCACUGGGUUGCCACUUGCCCUAAGAAUGACGAUGGCAGUGGCCUCAAUGUGAAGUGGUUCCAAGGUAGACGAAACACCAUUGUCAUUCUAAUGCAUCGCCCAUCGCCUCAAAUCCCUGAGCCGUCGGUCCAAGCUGCCAAGAUUUGUUUUGAAGCAGCGACCUUCAACAUUGCCAUGCAUCAAGAGCAAACCAUCACCGGAUCCGUGGACUUGACUUGGAUCUUCACCCAGUCCCUCUUUAUGGUAUUCAACACCGUUCUUUGGACACUUUCCUACCCCGAGAUCCGAAAAGAACAUCCUAUUGAGGAAGUUCAAAGUUAUCUGGACAUGGCCUUGGAAGUCAUUGUUUAUGCCGCUGAACGAUGGCCCGGUGUUCAGUCUGCAUUGAUCCUUUACAAGCGCCUAGUCGCGGCCUGUUUGAAGGCGUACAGCACCGAGGAAUCAUUUGUGGUCCAAUCACCUUCUAACCAUCCUACUCCAACCUCUUCGCAAGAUGUCACCACUCCUCCUCCCAUGUCGAGCCCAUCCACGAGCACGACUGCCUCUUAUUACUCGCAUAACUACCACAGUGGCAAUCAGUCAAUUGGCGAUAAUGCUUCAGCCGGUACUUUCUCUAGAGGUCCCUCCGCCGACCCAACAGGGCCCUACACACAGAUCACUCAAGAUUCAACCCCUCCAGCAUAUGCUCCGGAUCCGUCAAAACCGAUCGGAAUCUCUCCCGUUACCCCGGUAUAUGGCAUGCAGCCCACCGUUACAACACCUGGCUCUGCGCCCCAGUAUACAUCACCUGCUUACUGUGCACCACCCGGACUCUUUUCUGAUGUUUCUAUCGACCCUGAUACCCCAUACAACACGAUGCCUUCUAUAGUUCCUGGGCUCCAAGGGUGGGACCCCAAUUUCUCACUUGCCUCUACAACCGCAAGCCAUCUGGCCUACAUCGACGCGACUGUGGAUCCGAUGCAGUGGACAUCCUCUAAUGCGGACCAAUACUCGAAUUAUUUCAAUGAGCCUUUCCCCAUACCUCCCUGGCGAGAACGCACCCUCAGCCAACAGGAACAGAUCGAGCUCAUGGCGUCGCUGGAACAAAACAUCCCUGAUGUAUCUGCGCAAUUGGUCCGCGAAUCUAAUGCAUUCUACCAGUCUUGA